UGUCACCCAGAGUGACUCUAUCUAUGCCAGGAUCUUCAUAGAAAAUGGCUUGUGUCUCGAGGGCAAGGCAUCGCAUCCGGUCGCUUUGAGAGCGAUCCACAUUCUCUCUCUCAGGUGAGUGGCAGUGAAAGAAAGAAUCUAUUCUCUCUUCCUCUCCUCCUUUCUCUUUUGAUUCUUUCCCUCUCUCGGACUCGAAAGCAUCUCCGCGCAAAGGAGGAUCGAUCGGUCGGCGAUGGACAAGAAUCGCCAUGAUGUUGUCGUGACGAUCGAGAAGCAACAGCAGCAGCAGCAGCAGCGAUCCAUUGCUGGCAGGAGAGAUUCGCCGUCCUCUUCGCCGCCGCCACCGCCACCGGGAUCGUCCAAUGGCGAGCGGAUCUCGGUGGUUUGCGACGCGCCCAAGAGCCCAUCGCCGAGAAGAUCGCCGCCCAAGGCCAGCGGCAUUUCCGCCAGAUCGUCCAGGGGCUCCAGCUACAACUUCUCGGAAGACGAACAGCCCCUGGCUAUGGCGGCGGUGAUCGAGAGCAGCGAGCAAGCAGAAGAAGGGAGCGUCCCCGGCGCUAGGAACAAAAGCUUCGAUUUUGGGGUGGGAUUGAGCAAUGGCAGCGGCGGCGGCGCAAUGCCGGCGCCCUCUUCGUCUCUCCCACCACCCAAGAACAGGGGAAAUGGACAGGGCUACCACAGACUCCCCUCUCCCAAUCGCCAGGAGCAAGACCCACCCAAGCAAUCGUCCGCGCAAUCCUCGCCCGCGAGGCGCGUGAGCAGCCCCCAAGUCGCGGAGAUCUUCCUGGGCGAUGCCAAGAACACCACGACGCUUAGAAACGCGAUCGCCGCCGCCGCCACCGCCGAUUCGCCGCCCGCCGCGAUCCCCUCGCCCAAAACCGUGAGCUUCGAUCCAGCGCCACCGCCAGCGCCAGCACCGCCGACGAUCAAGGAGCCCAAGAACUCGACCCCGGUGGACGCGGUGGUGGUCAAGGCCCCCGCCAGGCUCAAGAGCAAAUCCAGGCUAGCGGAGCCGCCGCCACCGCCACCACAGCCGCGCGAAGAAUCCAAGCUCGCCACCCCGGGCAAUGCGGCGGCGCCGGGCUCCGGGCGGCUAGGCGGCGGAGAUGCGGCGCCGCCAGCGGAGGAGGAGGAUCCACUCCGCGACGUCGAUCUCCCGGACAAGUACCGCCACGCGCGCUGGGGCUGCUGCUCGCUCUUCCAGCUGGUGGCGCUCGUCCUCCUCACCGCGCUGCUCGUUUGCAGCGUCACGGUGGCGGUGCUCCGGCGGCGCUCCAUCCUGGGCCUGGAGCUGUGGAAGUGGACGGUGAUGGUGCUGGUGGCGCUCAGCGGCCGCCUCCUCAGCGGCUGGAUCAUCCACGUCGCAGUCUUCUUCAUCGAGCGCAACUUCCUGUGGCGCAAGCGCGUGCUCUACUUCGUCUAUGGCCUGCGCAAGGGCGUCCAGACCGCGCUCUGGCUCACGCUCGCGCUCGUCGCGUGGCUCCUCCUCUUCGAUCCCAAGGUGGAGCGCUCCACCAAGAACAAUCGCGCGCUCCUCUACGUGACCAAGGUGCUCAUUUGCCUGCUCAUCGCGGCCUUCGUGUGGCUGGCCAAGCUGCUCUUCGUCAAGGUGCUGGCCAGCUCCUACCACGUCAACACGUACUUCGAUCGCAUCCAGGAGUCGCUCUUCAGCCAGUACAUCCUGGAGAAGCUGUCCGGGCCGCCGCUGGAGUUCGUGGGCGAUGACGAUCGCGGUGGAGCGCCACCGUCCUUGAUCAAGAAGAAAGGCCUGAGCUUCAAGGUGGUGGAUCAAAGCGCUCCCGCCACCGCCGCCGCCAAGAAGAAGGAUAAGGCUUCGUCGGACUCGGUGCUGAGCAUCGACAAGCUGCAAAAGAUGAACCAGCGGAACGUCUCGGCGUGGAACAUGAAGCGGCUGGUGAUGCUCGUCAAGCAGUCCAACAUCUCGACGCUGUCGCAGACGAUCGACAGAAGCGACGAUGGGCAGGAGAACGAGAUCCAGACCGAGUGGCAGGCGCGCGCGGCGGCCAAGGAGGUGUUUAGAAACGUCGCGCAGCCGGGAAGCAAGCAGAUUGUGCUCGAGGAUCUCUUGCGCUUCCUCACGCCCAGCGAGGCUCACAAGGCGCUGGCGCUGUUCGAGGGCGCCGCCGAGGCCGAGACCAUCACCAAGAAGAACCUCGUCAACUGGGUGAUCAGUGUGUACCGGGAGAGGAGAUCACUGGCGCUGUCGCUCAAUGACACCAAAACCGCGGUGGACAAGCUCCACCACAUCAUCAAUGCCGUGACCGCGGUGGUGAUUGUGAUAAUCUGGCUGCUGGUGCUGGGCAUCGCCACCUCGCACUUACUCAUCUUCGCAUCGUCGCAGCUGCUGCUCAUCGUCUUCAUCUUUGGCAACACUUGCAAGACGGUGUUCGAGGCCAUCAUCUUCCUGUUCGUGAUGCAUCCCUACGACGUGGGCGAUCGCUGUGUCAUCGAUGGCGUCCAGAUGAUCGUGGAGGAGAUGAACAUCCUGACCACCGUGUUUCUCCGCUAUGACAACGAGAAGAUUUACUAUCCCAACUCUGUUCUAGCCAGCAAGCCGAUCAGCAACUACUACCGGAGCCCCGACAUGACCGACGCCAUCGACUUCACCGUGGACAUGUCCACCCCCGUCGAGAAGAUCGCGGCACUCAAGGAGCGAGUCUCAAAGUAUAUCAGCUCCAAAUCGGCUCACUGGCACAACAAGUCGACCAUCGUGGUCAAGGACAUCGAGGACAUGAACCGAAUGAAGAUGGCGCUCUGGGUCCAGCACACGAUGAACUACCAAAACAAUGGCGAGCGGCUCAUUCGCCGCUCCGACCUCUUGAUCAAGCUCAAGACUUUCUUCCAGGAGCUCGGGAUCGAGUACCAUCUUCCUCCGCAAGAGGUCACUCUCUCCGACAAUCACACCAUUGCUGCACAUCCCUUCCGCCUGUCCUAGAGCUGUCAAACUCGGUCUUCAAGAUCUCUAAACUUACUUUCUGUCAGACAGUGGUCUGUCAUUGAGCUAGUGUUGGAAGCAAACAUGAGAAGUGGACGGGAGUACUGUAGAUGCCAUUGGCACUAUCUGAACAUGAGAAGUGGACGAGAGUACUGUAGAUGCCCUUGGCACUAUGUGAAAAUGGAAGUUCGUGCUAGUUACUGCAAGAACUAGACAUGUAGCACCAGGCAAUUGAAUACGACGCUCGUGUUUUAAA